AUGUCACGAAUUUUAUUGGGCUUUGGGACAGAUCCAUCGACAACUUCAACAUCUUUGUGCAAGUUAAGAAUAUAUAUCGUCUUUGCUUUAGGUACAAUAUCAGUAUGGUGUAUUGCAUUCGCAGCAGUUGAUCGAUAUUUCUGCAGCUGUCAAAGUGUAUAUCUAAGAAAUUUAAGCAGUUUAAAAGUGAGUUAUCGCGUUGUUGCAGCAACAACAGCGACAUCAUUACUCAUAUAUGCCGAAAUGUUUUAUUGUUAUGAAGCAAAUCAAAUUACGGGACCUUUUCUCUGUAACGGAAAAGAUAGUCCUUGUCGAUAUUUCAAUAGUCUUAUCUAUACGCUCUUCUUUAUUGUAUUACCAUUAAUGGUUAUGGUGGUGUUUGGGAUCUUAACACUAAGUAAUGUGAGAAAAUUAAAUCGUUUAGUUGCCCCGGCCAGUAGUACUACUAGGGGUAGCACAACCCUAGCACGAACAGUACGAUCGAAAAAGAGUGAUAAACAACUAACGAAAAUGUUACUUGUUCAGGUUCUGAUAUCAACAAUAUUAACCGUUCCAUAUAGUAUUCAAUAUUUAUAUUUAACAUUUUCAGUGGGUAUUUAUAAAAGUCCAUUACAAGUAGCAGCAGAAAAUUUGUGUUUUGCUUUAAUACUUAAUUUAUUUUACUGGGGUUUUGGUAUGUCGUUUUAUAUUUAUACAUUAACCGGGCAUAUAUUUAGAAAAGAAUUGAAACGUUUAAUGAAAACAGUUUAUGAAAACGUAUUACACCUAACUCACCGAAACUAA